CCGCCUAAGCCUGCUUUCCGACAACUGGGUCCCCUCCCCACGGCAACACGGCGUCUCCUACUCGCCGCGGCGACAGGGGUUUCCCCUCAGCCGCCGCCGCUGCCGGCCGAGCCCAGCCGCACCCGCGGCCCGCGGCUGCCAUGCAGUUUAUGCUGCUUUUUAGUCGUCAGGGGAAGCUUCGACUGCAGAAAUGGUAUGUCCCACUGUCAGACAAAGAGAAGAAAAAGAUCACAAGAGAACUUGUUCAGACCGUUUUAGCACGGAAACCUAAAAUGUGCAGCUUUCUUGAGUGGCGAGAUCUGAAGAUUGUUUACAAAAGAUAUGCAAGCCUGUAUUUUUGCUGUGCCAUUGAGGAUCAGGACAAUGAACUAAUUACCCUGGAAAUAAUUCAUCGUUAUGUGGAAUUACUUGACAAGUAUUUUGGAAGUGUGUGUGAACUUGAUAUCAUCUUUAAUUUUGAGAAGGCUUACUUUAUUUUGGAUGAGUUUCUUUUGGGAGGAGAAGUUCAAGAAACUUCCAAGAAAAAUGUCCUUAAAGCAAUUGAGCAGGCCGAUCUACUGCAGGAGAAAACAGAGAAUAUGUAUCACAGCAAGAGUUUCAUUGGGUCCACGGCAUGAAUAUUUUAAUGUCCCUGUGUACUAAAUGACUACUCAUCGAAUAUGCAGAAUUUCACAGAGGAAAUAGAGAGCUGACGUACUUAUGAAAGAAAAUAUCCUCAGCUUGGUGACUGGUUAUCUUGCAUAAAAAUAAUAGAAAGUUUCAGAAAAAGUACCUUCACAGUUGUAUUUUUUUCCUGUUCCCAUUCCUAACUCAUCUGUUUUAUUUUCAUUAUAUAUGUAAACUCGAUAUAACUUAUUCCUGUCCACGACUGAUUUAAUUUCCCCUCAACAAAAAUAUGGCCUAUAAAUGCCUUGAGUAAGAUUCCAUCUUAAACACAUACAUGUUGUUAUUAAUGAACCAUCUAUUAUUAAUCUAAAGAAAACCUGGCAGUUGUUUACCAAAGAAAAUACAGCUGAAGUGCCAGGUCACACUAAGCAGUGCUAUGGUAUAUAUUGUGAAUUGGCCUCCCAAUGUUGGUGGGAAGGGGGACAAAAAGAAAUGCUAUUUAGUGUGAUUAUCACAGAGUCUAUAUGAGCUAAUGUGUUCUAAUGUAUCACAUAAAAGUAUAUGUGGAAGUAAUACAACAAAAUAAAGUUAAUUUGGAUUAUUAUAUUUUAUGGUUAAAACAUUCAGUUUUUAAGAAAUUUUAUAGUGCCACAUAUAUGUAAUCACAUUUGUGCUGUAUAAUAUCACAUUGUCCCUCUAAGAUCUGUCAGAGAGCUAUAUCUAAAAAGUUGCUUCUGCCAUAUCUGUUGCUCAAUAGUAGCCCUUUGAAAGUAUUAAUACUGAGUUUUUCAUGUAGUUAAAAAUUUUAAUAUUCAGUUUUAAAACUUAAACAUGUUUUACUAGUUAUGGCUUUCUAAUAUUUUGAGUCUUCAUUUCACUACUUAAUGCUUUAUUAACUAUGACCAUAUUUCUGAAUAUUAAAACUUUUACCAUCACUAUUGUAUAUGCUUUUAAAUAAAACCUAUAGCAUAUUAUAAAAGGAAAAGUACCAAAUAUUUCAUUGUUUAUAUGAAUUAAGAAGUUGUCAUUAAACAGGAACUUCAAAAGAUGCUUGGACUAGUUAACAACUGGAAGAAGACUUAUGAAAAUGUAUUUUGACCAAACUUAGUACUAGGCAGGUAGCAUAGACCUAUGGAUCACUUAUUUCCAUUCUUACCAUUCUCGCUGUAAUGUACCACAUUUGAAGCACCUGGUUGGGGCUAUCAAAUGAGAAAUUUAGUCAUAUCCAUUUGAAACAUUGAUCUUUCAUUUCCAUUUUUUUCUCCAUCCCUCCCCUUGCCCUGCAAUAUGUUGUUCAUCUGGUUUUAAUGCUGCAUAAAUAUGCAUUGUCUCAUACCUGUUUGCUUUGGAUGCUGUGUGCUGAGCUGUAACAAAAUGUUGCUGCUUUUGUUAUCCGUAUACAGCUGCUUGCUUUAAAUUAGUAGAUUCUGAAAUAGCUUUUUCUUGCAUGUCUAAAAUAAAAGUAUUGCAUGUACUUCGCCUCAUGUGAAUGACUUUUCUUUUCCAUCCCUUUUGAUAAAAUAACACAUUUUGUAUUUUCAUUUUUCCAGGUAACCUUUUAAAAUUGUGGUUAAAAAAACAUGUAACAUAAUUCACCAUCUUAACCAUUCUAAGUAUACAGUCCAUUAGUGUUGAGUAGAUUCGCACAGUUGUACAACAGAUCUCCUCAACUUCUUUGUCUUCCAUAAUAGAAAUGUUGUGCCCAUUAGUCAAACACUCUCCAUUUCACCCUCACCCUAGACCCUGGUAACCACCCAUUCUACUUUCUGUUUUUUUAAUUUGACUACUAUACAUAGUAGUAGUUUCUCUAGGUAAUUUUGAGCUAAAAUUUCAGUGUGAACAUGUGAAAAUUACAUUUUAUGUUAUAAAAAUCUACUCACACAGUCUCAAACGAGUAAAAUGUAUAAACAAAACCAAGCCUUUUUGAAAGGGCAAAUAAUUUAAAUAAUGCAUAUUUGAAAAGCAAUAUGAUUCUCUUCAGGAAACGCUGUGUAAGAUUGCAGGCAGUGAACAAAUUAGGGAAAUCUGACCAGUUCCAGGAUGUAGUUGUGGGACAUUUUUACAUGCAUAAACUGAGAAUGUAAACUAUAGGAUCCAAUGUAGGCAGCCUUUCAUUAAUACACUAAAGGCUGUAGGACAUUUUAAAUAAUUGUUUAACAUGAAAACGUUAAGAUUGUUUCCUUUAAUAUGUGAAUCAGCUGUUCAGUGUAUUUGAUGGUUAAGGCUAAAUAUUAUAAAUGAUUGUAAGUGAAAGAGAUUGGCUUACAUCACUCUUGGGAGUAUUGUGUAAGUUCCAAAAUUUUCAUUUUAUUUGAAAGAGAGAAAGAAAGUGACAGACAGACAUCUUCCAUUUCCUGCUUCACUCCCCAGAUGCCCAAAGCAGCCAGGUCUGUGCCAAGCUGAAGUCAGGAGCCCAGAAUUUAAUCUAGGUCUCCCCCCAAAUAUUUGUUAUCAUCUGCUGCCACCCAGGGUGCAGGGUCCGAAGCAGAGAAACCAGGACUCACAAGGCACCCCAAGCAGCAAAUUAAUGGGUGCACCCAGUGCCUGACUCAAAACAUUUAGCAUGAAAACUUCGAGACAUACAAAUAUAAUAGGAUAAAGAACUCUUACACACAUACUGAGCUUCAACAGCCAUCAACUUAAAUCUCAUUUCCUUAAUCCCACCUCCCAUUUUUGUCUCUUUUUUGAGCAAGCCCCAAACAUUCUGUCCUCUCAUCUUUAAUACUUCAGUAUGUAUCCUUAACAGAUAAGUACCAUGCCCAACAAAAUAACAGUAAUUAAUUGUAAUAUCUUGCGCCUGGCUCAGUUUUUCCAAAUUACCUGAAAAAUGCCCUUUUAUGAUUUGUUAGAACCAGAUUCCAAACAAGGUUUACAUCAUAUCUGGUUGAAAUGUCUUAGUCUUUUACAAGUUGUCUGCUUUCUGCCCCCUCUCCCCUUUAAGCCAGGUGGUCAUUUCUGCUCUAAAAUUUCCUGUAUUCUGUUUGGCUGAUUGGAUUCUUGUGGCAGUGUUCAACUUGUUCUUUUAUCCCCCAUCUAUAUUUAGAUCUAUAGCCUGAUAAGAUUUAAGGUUCAAUGUUUGGGCUGCAAGAAUACUUCAUAGAUUAGACUGCCUUUAAAAAAUAUAUACCCUUUUUUACUAAAACUGAUUUUUACCCAUUUUUCAUUAGUUACGCAUACUAAAUGGUUAUCUUGUGAACUUCAGACAAUUGGUUUAUAGUCCUUUAGUUUAGUACUAAAUACUUUCAUUUAGAUUUCAGUUGUGUGGCUGUCGGCUAAGAGUUUUUGAACACUAUAAAUCAGGCACUGAGUUUUAAUUCAUUUUCAACAUAUAAAGGUAAGUUCUAUUCUUGUUUUACAAAUAUGGAAACAGACUACAGAGUUGAGGUAAUUUAAAAGAUUGAUACCAUGAAGUGCUUUACAUAAAAUUAAAUCUAAUGUCCUAAGGAUUUCUGGUUUAAUAUAAUUUUUCUUCUUAUUUUUGUGCUGUGCCACAAUUAGGAUGCAAAAGUAAGUUUAUCAGUGGAUAAUAAGUUACAUUUUUUCCUCCAUUAAAAUACAGUGUUGCCUUGUUAAACUGUUGCUAGUAAUACCUGAACAAUCACCUAACUGGUCCCUUUUUAUUUUGUGACAUACAAAAUCAGCCACUUUGAAAAAUUUUAAAGUAAUUGUUUUCUAGAUAUAGCUGUUCUAAUUUUCUUUGACAUUGAAAAAAAUAAGUUUUAUUUGUAAAACAAAGAGC